AUGGGAGAGGCGGCCGGCACAGCAACAACUUCAAGCGAAGACGGGCCGCGGACGCAGGCUCAGCCUGAUCGUCCAGCCUACAUGGUUCAGGAACUCAUCCUAUUGAAGAGGCGACUGCUUCAUCAUUCUGAGAAGCAUGCAGCGUGGAGUCUGUAG